GUAACAGAGAGCAUGGUUUACAAUGCGAUGAUCAAGAUGCCGAAGGGCGAACAAAAUAAGCGAGGCUUGGCAAAGCAUGUGGCCAAGCUAGCCGCUGAGAGGGCGGCUGCAAAGGUGAAGGAAAAGAUCCAGCAGACCAAAGACAAGGCGCGUGAGAAGCUGCUCGGUGGCGCUUUGUGCUCUUAUUGUAGUGAGGCGAAGAUCUCCGAGAAGAAGCUCUCGGAGACGAUUCACAUGGACAUGCCCGAUUCAGACGAAGACGAUGAGGAUGGCAUGCCAGACUUGCAGAAGUUCACGACGAUGAUAAUGUAG